AAAUAAAAAAAAAAAAAAGGAGAGAGAGAGAGAGAAACAGAAACAGAGAAACAAGUGAGAAAAGCAGCAGCAGGCAGUGAGCUGUGUACUGUGCGACUGGAAACGAGCAGCAGAACCGACGCGCUUUGGAUUUCUUCAAUAUGCACGCUCGGGUAGUGGAAAAUAUUGGACAACAUUUCAACAGACUGUUCUGAUAAAGUGGAAACUAACUCCCCUUCACCCCUCCAACUCCAAAACACAAACACCAUUUUACUUUUUUUUUUUUAAGACACCCAUCGCAGUACCGCUUCUGCACCGAAGGAGGGAGAGGGCAGAGCAAGCGAGCCACACCGAGAGGAGUGACUGAAAGAAAGAGAAAGAGAGAGAGAGAGAGAGAGAGAGAGAGGAGGAGGGGGAAAAGUUUCCAGUGGCACUCGCUCUCUGUACUCGCACACACACAGAAAGGAAAAGGAGAGGAAGAAAUAGCCAAGAAGAAAAAACAGAGGGACUCGAAUUCCCAUCCCAAUCAUACAGUCAUGAAAACCCCCGGCGAAACAGCUGGGCUUGCCUUCCCAGACUGGGCGUACAAGCCGGAGUCGAGCCCGGGCUCGCGGCAGAUCCAGCUGUGGCACUUCAUCCUGGAGCUGCUGCGCAAGGAGGAGUGCCACGACAUCAUCGCGUGGCAGGGGGACUACGGGGAGUUCGUCAUCAAGGACCCGGACGAGGUGGCGCGGCUCUGGGGCGCCAGGAAGUGCAAACCCCAGAUGAACUACGACAAGCUCAGCCGGGCGCUCAGGUAUUACUACAACAAGCGUAUUCUUCACAAGACCAAAGGCAAGCGAUUCACUUACAAGUUCAACUUCAACAAGCUGGUUCUGGUCAACUACCCCUUCAUUGACAUGGGACCUGGAGGCGGGGUCCCUCAAAGCGCCCCUCCAGUUCCCACAGGGGGUCCCCACUUCCGGUUCCCGUCCACCCCCUCGGACGUGCUCUCCCCGAACGAGGACCUGCGCAGCCCCAACGUGUUCUCCGCCGUGGCGCGGCGCAUGGCUCGAGGAUCGGUGAGCGACUGCAGCGAUGGCACCUCCGUCAACUCGGAGAUCGAGGAGGGAAUCGGAGGGGGAGGGGGAGGGGGAGGGGGAGGGGAAGAGAGGGGGGGGGUCCCCAGAGAACUGCCGGUGCCUGGCGGCUUCCGCGGGCUCCCCCCUUCCCUCCACCCGCGCCUGUCCCACGACUCCCUCUUCAGGGUCUACCCACACGGCCGGCCGCACAGGGUGGACCCCCUCAGCCCCUUCCCCGUGUCCCCCCUCCCGGGCCCCGGAGGGUCCAUGAUGGGUCCCCAGCUGUCCCCGGCCCUGCCCAUGACUCCCGGCCACCUGAACUACACACCUUCCCCCACGCUCAGCCCCAUGUACAGCAGCCACUUCUCCUUCAACAGCGAGGACAUGAAGCGCUACCUGCAGGCUCACACUCAGAGCGUCUACAACUACCAUCUCUCCCCCAGGGCCUUCAUGCACUACCCCAACAUCAUAGUGCCCCAGCCGCAGAGGCUGGACAAGGGGCAUCCGCUGCACGCAAACCUGCAUAGCAACCACUCCUCCUCCUCCUCCUCCUCCUCCUCCCAGCACCCUCUACCACCCCCGCCUUCCGCUCACCACCUGCAGCACCACCCAGCCCCCCCGCAGCAGCAGCAGCCCUCGGGAGAGGAUCACUUGUCCUCCUUCAAGUUCAAGCUCCAGCCUCCGCCGCUGGGUAAGAAGCACAGAGAGCGGGCUUUGAACGGUGCCGGCGCCGCUCCCGGUGGGGUUCCCUCAUCCUCUUUCGGCUCCUCGGCUUCCGGUACCCUGACUUCAUCCUUUGCAGGGAGUAACGCCGCCGCCUCCUCCUCCUCCUCCUCCUCCACCUCCACUGCAUCUAAUUGUCAUUCUUCAGCCGGUCCGGGGGUUCCCCAGAUCAAAGUGGAGCCCAUCUCCGAGUCCGAGUCGGAGGAGGUGGAGGUGGAGGGUAUCAGCGAGGACGAGAGCUUCUCCAGAGAGGGGGAGGAAGAGGAUUUCGGGGAUGAAGAGGACUAUCUGGACGAGGAUGUCUUCAAGACCCCCGCGGCCCCCUCUCCUCACACCCCCAGCGGGGGCGGCUUGCUGGAUGGCUACCAGUUCACUGCCCAUCACAGCCCCCACCAACACUACCAUCAAACUCACAGCCGACACCUGCAGCAGUACCAGCAGCAAGCAGGAGCCAGCAGCCGGAGAGGGGCUGCCUCUGCCCUGGCAUCCCCCUCGGCUUCAUCGCGGACCGGGAGCCACGCUCCCUCCUCUGCCCUCGCUGGCCCCGCUGCUUUCCCAGUCUCCCCCAAACCAGAGCCCCUGGAUUUGGAAUCGCAGCCUGGAUUUGGUAACGGGGCCGCGGGAGGGGUUUCGGGAUCGGAGAGGAGCGGCAGUGUUCCUUCCAGCCCGGGAAUUGGAGUGGGAACGGGCGGAGGAGGAGUCGUCGGGGGCAGCAGCAGCAGCAGCAGCAGCAAGUGCAUCCCUCUCAAACUGCGCUUCAAGAGACGCUGGAGCGAGGACCAGAGGAUGGAAGCGAGCUCCGAGGAGUCCGACGACAAAAAAGUGAGGGGUGAGGAGCAGAAGCAGGAGUCGCCUCUGGGAGAGGGGGAGCGAGGGAGCAGCAGCAGCAGCAGCGCUGGGAAAGUGAUGCCACUGCCAGCGAUGAUGGAUCACGAGGAGGAAGGCAGCAGGAGCAGAGAGGACAAGGGGAAGAUUGAGAUCCACAAUAGCAGCAGCCCUGACCCACCGGAGAACAGUGUCGCCACACGCAGAGUGAGUACCGAGCUGCACAGAGCCACAGCCCAGCUCUCUCUGGAGAACAAGGAGUGCUGAUCCUGCAGACAGACAACCUCCCCUCCCCUUCUCUGCCAUGUGUGCUGGUGUGGACUCUGCGUUCUCCUCAACAGUGUUGUACAGCUUUGGUUCCAGAGGUUUUUAGUCAGUCUCGCCACCCCCCUCCCCAGGGUUUGGUUUGAGACCGGGGUUUAAUAUUUUGCUGUUUUGGUUUCCAGAGCACAGGCUGCAGCUUUAAAACCUGCCCUGGGUUUUGUGGAUUGAGGGAAUCUGUCAAAACAUGGACACGUGCACACACACACACACUGACACUGUCUCGCACACACCUUAUUCUCUCUCAAGCCAUCAAGGAUUUUUCUCCCCUCUGCCUCACAUUUUCUAAGUUUGCUGUAACGCAAAGAUAAUUUAUCCAGCGUCUGCUGAAGCAGGUAGUAGGAGAUGACAUUUUAAAAAGACAAAAAAAAAUUUGUCAGAUUAAAAAAAGUCUAACUCUAUUGAAGCCCGUUUCCAACCAUCGACGGCGUUUGAGAGAGAGGUUUGCCAAAGAGCUUUUAUCAAAUUUACUUUUAAAACUGGCAUUUCAAUUAGUCACCACCCCCUCCACUCCUCCACAAAUCAACAAUUAAACAGACUUGAAUUGAGGAUUUUUCUGUGUUUUUUGUAGAUUUUUAUAUAUAGGUGUGGAGGGGGUUAGUCCAGUCUGAAUUUGGCGCUGGUCACAAAUAAAUGGACAAAGCAUUAGCUGUGCUUAUUCAAGGUGUCUAUAUCUCUGUAUCUGUAGCGCUCGCACUCUGUCUCUCUCUCUCUCUCUUUCUCUCUUAUAUAUAUAUGCUAAAGCGAUGCUCUGCUGGCGUGCCUGCGGAGUUCAGACUGGUGACUGGUUGCAGUGGUCUGGUGGGUUUUUGGUUUUUUGAAUGAAUGUGGCCUUGCAGGACAUCUCCUGGCAAUCGCAGGCUCUCUUACUAGCUCUCCAGACAGAUCAAUAAAUCUCUCCUUUGGUCACACGCAUUCUUAAAAUU